UUUCUUUAUGAUGGGAUGCAUGGCGGCUCCGAUGGUCCACUUCCCCAUCGUCCUCGUGAUCCGGCUACUCGGCGUCGCCGCCGCUGCCAUGGUGCUCACCUGGGCUCUUCAUUUCCGCGGGGGCAUGUCCCUCUCCUCCGAGAACAAGGAUCACAUCUUCAAUGUAAAACCUCUCUCUCUCUCUCUCUCUCUCUCUCUCUCGGGGAGCGAUGGUUGAUGCCCAGCAUAAUUCCCAAAUCCCCUCCUUUUUCUCUCCCAAAUCCUCUGAGGAAAUCGAACCCUAGAGAGUCAUCAGUUUGGCUUCAGAAUCAUUUUGAGGUGGGUUUCUCUGGCGAGAUGGAAUCAUCCGUGGCCUCCGCUCCGGCCUCCUCUUCCGACGAGCCUCCGCGCGUCAAGUUCCUUUGCAGCUUCGGCGGGGGAGUCCUACCCCGCCCGCUCGACGGCCGGCUCAGAUACGUCGGCGGCGAGACACGCAUUGUUAGCGUCCCUCGUGAUGUCUCCUACGACGAGCUUAUGGCCCGGAUGCGCGAGCUAUUUGAGGGCGUCUCGGUGAUCAAGUACCAGCAGCCGGAUGAGGACCUCGACGCACUCGUCUCCGUUGUCAACGAUGACGAUGUGAUGAAUAUGAUGGAGGAGUACGACAAGCUCGGCGCCGCCGGAGAUGGCUUCACCCGGCUGAGGAUCUUCUUGUUCUCUCACCAGCACUCGGAUCUCGAUGUAGCUGGAGUGGUCGGCUCCCCAUUUGAUUCCAACGAGCGAGAGUCUGAGAGGAGGUAUGUUGACGCUCUCAAUAGCCUGAAUGACACUAUGCCACAGCCUGGGAACGAUGUCUCGGAGCAGCUCUUCAUUGAUUCUGGUCUCCAUGAUCACUUGCACCAUCUGAAAAUCCCUCAUCCAUCGCAUGGGCAGAGGUAUGGUGAUAUUGAAGGCUCUUGGAGCCCUGCAUACUACUCUCCUGGGCCGCAUACUCCGUCAUCGCCCUCAUCAGCACGAUACCACAUCACUCCUGGUGAGCUAAGUGACAGAAUUGCAGAAGAGUAUGCUAGGCAUUCACCUGGUUUUCAACAACCACCUUUGGAUCACCAAUCUCCUCAUUUUCUUGAGAAUGUUGUCUGGCUUCCGCCUGGUGCUAUAGUCCAGGAGAAGGCUGGAUUUCCUUCUAAUUUGGGUAAUUCUCACAAUGCCAUGGAAGGAAACAGUAUCUGUAAUAAUUGCAGGAUGGUGUUCCAGAGGGGGCAGUCUCCUGUAUCGGAUCCCCGAUAUCUUGACCCUCGUUGGAAGCAUGGGCAGCCGCAAGUGGAGCAGCCGGGCAAUGCCAAUGAGUAUGUGUCUCAGUUUCCUAAUUCGUGUGGAGAGUGUUACCCAAACAAGGAGGCCUAUAUGUUGGGCCAAGAUUUGAUUUUGGACCAUGGUGUUUAUGUGAAAGAGCAGGGUGAGCAGCGAGCAUUCUAUAACGAAUCUCACAAUCAUGAUAGAAGCCGGGUUGUACACCACCAUCAAAUGAAUCAAAGGCUUGAGGAUCCAAGGUCACAUCUUUCUGGAACUGGUAGGGUGAAUGAGUUUGUGGUUGAUGGUAAUGGUUUGAAUCCUCAUCCUAUUCUUCAUGGUGGUUUUUAUGAUGGCCAUCCAUUACCACCCUCUAACUGCAUCAACCAUGAUGAUACUCGUCUCCCUCGACCUGGCAUUGACUUGUCAAAUGAAGUUUUCCUUGAUCAGCAUUCUGUGGGCAGUGCCCCUCAUGCACAUAUUCUCAGCCCUGAAGAUCCCGGAGCCCGAUUUGGAAAUCAUCCUGCAUAUGGCACAGAAAAUCUUUACCAAGGGCAGCAAAAUUUGGCUCCUAUCCAGCCUUUACGGAGACAAAUGCAGGUCCCAGUUCGUCCAGGUUAUGAAUCACCUAUUUUCGUGAUGCCAAAUGGUGUGAGUCCUAGAUUCUCUCAUGUAGGGGUGGAUGAUUCAUUUCAGAACCCGUGGACCAUUCAAAAUGGUGGCACAUCACAGAGGAUAUUUGGCUUUGAUGGACCCCCACCACCAGAAUAUAUGUAUGAUCAAGUUCCUAAGAUGAAUGCAAACAUCAGUACUGUUCAUGACAGCCGGCUUUCAUUCAGUCCUGAUUCCGCACAUUGUCUGCCUGGUAUUAUGCCUGUUGAAGUCCCAACCGAGACACUGCCUUUGACACCCCCACAAUCAUGUUUGGCUGAUGAAAAACUAGUUGAUGCUAGUUCUCAGCUCAAUCAUCUCAAAAUUGAAGAUGAUGCAAAACCAUCUAUUAGAGCUGCGGAGGAUAAGAUUUUGCCUUGUGUAGCAUCUGGACAAAAACAUUUGGAUGUUGGAAAGGAAGCAGAUGUAUGCUUGAAUGCUGGUCCCAAGAAAGUGGAUGAUACAGAUUCUGGUUCACAUGAACAGAAGCCAAUUGGUGAGGAAGGCUAUAUUGCCAAACAUUCUGAAUCUGAUGGUACUGUUGCUCAUGGGCAGGCUGAGGUAUCAGAGGAAUGCUUGAGUUUCUUACCUGAUUUAAUGGCUUCUGUAAAGAAGGCAAUGCUGGAAGAAGCAGAGGAGGUAAAGGCAAGAGCUCAAGAAGAUUCAGAUCACAAUGUCUCAUCUCUUCCUGACCAGAAGGAGUCAUCUUUGCUUGAGUUGGAGCCUGGGAAGGGCAAUGAAGACUUGGACAUUGAUUCAGAGGAUGAUGAUCCCAAAGUUUCCAAGAUUGAGCCUACAACUGCAGAGGCUGAAGCUUUGGCUAAAGGAUUGCAGACAAUAAAAAAUGACGACCUUGAAGAAAUUCGGGAGCUUGGUUCAGGUACAUAUGGUUCUGUUUAUCAUGGUAAGUGGAAAGGUUCCGAUGUCGCAAUAAAGCGUAUUAAAGCUAGCUGCUUUGCUGGGAAGCCAUCUGAGAGAGAACGCCUGAUUGCUGAUUUUUGGAGAGAAGCUUUAAUCUUGAGCUCAUUGCAUCAUCCCAACGUUGUUUCUUUCUAUGGUGUGGUUCGCGAUGGCCCUGAUGGAAGUGUAGCAACUGUCACAGAGUUCAUGGUCAAUGGGUCACUCAAACAGUUUCUGAAGAAAAAAGACAGAACAAUUGAUCGCCGCAAAAGACUCAUUAUAGCUAUGGAUUCGGCAUUUGGGAUGGAAUACUUGCAUGGAAAGAAUAUAGUUCAUUUUGACCUGAAGUGUGAGAAUUUAUUAGUUAACAUGCGAGAUCCUCAGCGACCUAUCUGCAAGAUUGGUGACCUGGGUCUAUCAAAGGUAAAGCAGCAUACCCUAGUAUCAGGAGGUGUUCGUGGAACUUUACCUUGGAUGGCACCUGAACUUUUAAGCGGGAAAAGUAAUAUGGUAUCUGAAAAGAUUGACGUAUAUUCAUUUGGCAUAGUCAUGUGGGAGCUGCUUACUGGGGAGGAGCCCUAUGCUGAUAUGCAUUGUGCUUCCAUAAUCGGAGGUAUUGUUAACAACACAUUACGCCCUCAAAUUCCAACUUGGUGUGAUCCUGAAUGGAGAUCAUUAAUGGAAAGUUGUUGGUCAGCUGAUCCUGCGGAAAGGCCUUCAUUCACUGAAAUUUCUCAGAGGUUGAGGAAAAUGUCUGCAGCAAUAAAUCUCAAGUAGAGUGGUUGUUCUACACCCGCAUACUACUACCUUCUCAAGGAAACUUACUUGAGAUAAUGCAAUAUAGAAGCGUAGAUGGUGCAGAUUUGGUGGUGCUGUUUCAUUUUAAAAAACAACAGUUUUCUGCUCAAGCUUGCCAUCUUUAUUCCUAUCUAUAGACCUUUUAAAUGCUGCUAUACAUGAUAUAUUAAUCAUGUGCUACAAGUAUUCAUCAUGUUAGAUUGUACAGUGGUACAUUUUGCUGCAUCAUCGACGGGCAUCAAAUGAGCACACCCUAGAUGGAGAUCCUGGAUUGAUGUUAAUCCUCAAAAGAGACCAGGGAUUUGUUAUGGCCUGUAUUUACAGGGUGUAUGCCAUGAUGUAAAUAAGUGUCAGUGGUACUCUUAUAAAUUUUCCUUAUUAUAAUGAGGAUGAAACCUUUGGACACAAUUUUGUUAUAAUUUUGCCAUGAAAAUUGUAUUCUUGAA